UUGGAGCGUGCACCACUUCGUAGCUGACUUAUGUUGUAUGCAAAAUGUGGGGAUGAGGUUUGUCUUGUUAUGAAAUCACAUUUCCAUCUUAGCCUCUGUUUUGGCUCUAUCCACAGGUACAGUAUUCUGCCUCUUUUAUGUGCUGGGUUAGUGUUGGUUGGUUUGCUUACAUUUCUCAAUAUAUACCCCUGCAUACUUCAUUCAUACACAGCAUGAAUAAAUCAGAAACAGAUUUCAGUGCCUGAUGUUAUGCUUUAAUUUGGUUUAUUAAGACUAAACAAGUUAAUUCUUUAUUUUUUUCCUGUGGUAUGUGGGCAUUUUUCCUUGGUACAAAUGUGGAUUAUCCAGUCUGAGACCAGCGGGGAACUUACAGAAGAUGACACCUCCAGCAGUCCAAGGAAAAUGUUUCAGGAUACUACCCGGUGUGAUUCCAGAGGUUUUCCUGGAUGGGAGGCUAUUGACAAUUUGGCGGAGUAUCUUUUAAGCCUCAAUCGUACGAUAACUGCGCUGUCAACCACAGAGUUGGCAGAAAUCAUGCAACUGUAUUCUGCUUUACAUGCCAUGGACAAGCGGCCCUCCAAAUACACCCUAAAAAGUAAGGAGAACAUUGCCAGGACCAUGGAGAGCUUCCCGGAAACGCAGUGGCUCUGCACCGGGUCAACAGGCAGCUGAAAGGCUGUUCAUGACCCAUGGCCAGGCUGCCCAGAGACCUGACACCACUAGAAUCACUGAGUGCAUUUGCCUCAAGCUACUAAAAGAAUACCAACAAGCGAGGAACCGACCAAAAGACUGCAAGGGAAAAGUUCUGCCCAUUCCACAGUCAAUUGUGCAAACCUACUGCCAUGUUAAACAGCUGCUUGAAGACUGCCAGCCCAUACAAGAUAAGACCAACUUGUUGUUAGUCACCAUCAACAACACCACAGUAUGUGCCUGGCUACAUGGGCGACAGAAAAGAACAGACCGAGACACUCUCCUGCGAGGAGUACAGCUUCCACAGAAGGUGUCUGUGGCUGAAAAUUCCCUGCCAGAUCCAAGACAGCUCCCCUCUAUUCCUGUUGAACAUGGACAUAAAUGCAUGGAGUUUCAGGAACCUGAAAAUUGUGAAGGCGAGGCAGUGAUACGUCCACGCGUUGGUGGUAAAACUGGCUCUUCAAAGCAUUGUCCUCCUUAUUCUAAGACUGCUUUGUCAUUAUCAUGCCAGCAAGGUCACUCUUCACCAGGCCCAGCUCCUACCUGCUUCUUGUAUGCACAGAGUCAGCAGCCACAAUCACCUGCUUGGCCUUAUUAUGAGCAGAAUCAGAUGCCAAAACCCCAAUCUGCUUCCAGUUUCUGCUACAGUCCAUCAGGCCCAGUGUGGACCUCAUCUGGACAAGGACAGUUCCCACCGCUGGCUAUUCCUCUAUCUUCAUUGCAUCAGUGCUGUACACCACCACUUCAUGCAUCAGCUCUGGCACCUGCUGCUGAUGUAGCAGCAUCUUCAUCAUCAAAUCAGCUUUCAGCAAACAUAAAUCGUCACAGGAGAUGGAGACAGAAUAGGGCAGAACUAGAAGACCAGGAACGUCUGGCAAGGGGGGAACCUCCCAAAAAGCGGCAAUGGAAACAGGACUACCACUAUCAAUGUUCAGUUUGUGGUCAGGCCAAAAACAAAACGACUGGUCAUACACAGAUUAGGGGAAAGUGGUACUGUCCAGUCUCUGGACAGACUAUUUUGCAAUGGAAGGAAACUUUCAGCAAGCAGUGA